GUAGGGAUGUCGCUAUGCGCACCUGGCGGCGAAGAAGCUCCUCGCGACUUAGACGUAGAGGGAUUCCAAGAAUUUCUGGCCGUCAAAGGCGACCCUAUGAUUAUUGUGCCCAAGGGCCGUUGGAAUGCUGAGGCAUUCCAUGUCCCUCAACCGGGAAAGCUAGUUACGACCAAGGGCGGGUUCAUUCUUGAGAUAUCUUACGGAGACCUCUGGGAGUUUGGAGUGACUCCAGCUGAAGCUGCACAAGUUGGCGCUCCUCAGCUUGCUUUCAAUGCACUUCAACGAAGCGGUGUAGAUUUUCGUCACACUUCUACCGGUGUAUAG